UAGUCUACUCAGGGGAAAAAAAAAAAAAAAAAAAACUUAUCCUCUUACAAAAAAAUCAACAUUUUUCUCUUUCAUAAAACAAAAAAAUCAAACACAAAUGGCAGCAUCAUCAUCAUCAGCUGCCUCUCUAAUUCCCUCUACAAUCACAGCUAGUAAUCUUCAACCCCAUUUCAAGACCAAGAUCAUCUCUUUUACUUCUCAUCUUUUCUCAAACACAGGGUUACAAAUUGUGUCUAACAUCAACACAAAGACCAAGAAACCAUCUUUUACUCCAAUUUUUGCUUCCCAUUUUGAUUUCUCUCCUCCUCCUAUUGAUCAUGACCUCCUUGAAACAGUGGCUGCUGAUGGGGCAAAGGUUUCAGAAGAUGGGGUUAUUGAAACAUUUGAUAAUGAUGAUGAAGCUUUACAUGCUUUUCACAAUGGGGCUGUGGUUUCGGAUCUUUCGCAUUUUGGACGGAUAAGAGUCAGUGGAGAUGAUCGUAUUCAGUUUCUUCACAACCAAAGCACUGCAGAUUUUGAAUCUCUUCAUGAAGGACAGGGAUGCGAUACUGUUUUCGUCACACCAACAGCUCGGACAAUAGAUAUUGCACAUGCAUGGAUAAUGAAAAAUUCAGUAAUGUUGGUGGUCUCACCAGUGACCUGUGAAAGCAUCACUCAGAUGUUGAACAAGUAUAUUUUCUUUGCCGAUAAUGUGGAAAUUCAAGAUAUCACCAAAAAAACAUCCUUCUUCAUUAUAGCAGGACCACAAAGCGAUCAAGUUAUGGUCAACCUGAAUCUUGUGGAUCUUGUUGGACAACCAUAUGGCACUCAUCGUCAUUAUAGUGUAAAUGGAAUGCCCAUAACUGUUGGGGUCGGAAAUAUCAUUUCCGAAGUUGGUUAUUCCUUGUUGAUGUCACCAGCUGCUGCCAAAUCUGUGUGGAAAAGUCUUCUGUCUCAGGGUGCAAUUCCAAUGGGGUUUAAUGCUUGGGAGGAAUUAAGGAUCAUUCAAGGGAUGCCGUCACCCGGAAAGGAGCUCACAAAUGAAUUCAAUGUCCUGGAGGCUGGUUUAUGGAACUCUAUUUCAACGAACAAAGGAUGUUACAAGGGACAAGAGACUAUAGCUAGACUAAUAACAUAUGAUGGAGUGAAGCAGAGAUUAUGGGGACUUCAUCUGUCAGCACCGGCAGAACCGGGCAGCCUGAUUACGGUUGAAGGAAAAAAAGUAGGAAAACUAACAAGCUAUACAUCUGGGAGAAACGAAUCGAGAUAUUAUGGUUUAGGCUAUAUCAAGAAACAGACCGUUUCAGAAGGGAGCACGGUGAUUGUCGGAGACAACAUCGUUGCAACAGUUGUAGAUCCUCCAUUUCUUGCUCGACAGCGUCCACCAUCGAAGAGCGCCAGUUCUUAACCUCCUGUAAGAAAACCAAAGGUCAAGCUCAUCUUUCAAUAUUAAUCUGUUAAAUGUCAUAAAAUAUGACAUGCUUAUGCUUGUAGUACCGUUUUCUGGUGGAAACAAGCUGUAAAUUAAACUUGCAUACAUUUUUGUUUGCUCACUAUAUAAUCAAAGUAUCUGACCACUCAUUGCAUCUUUUUACCCUUUUA